CCGCUUCAUCGAAUGCGUCUCGCACGUGGUGUUGCUCUUUAGCGCUUCUAAAAAGUGUUUGUCUAUUACGACACUGUAUUUUUGCAGUACAUACCACAAAACUAGCACUUUGGAUCCUAAAAAUAGUUUUCGAGCUCUUCUAAGAGAUAAUCGUUAUGUUUUCAAUCAACACCCACUUAAACAAGAUCCGUAACACUCAAUGGGUAUUUUUAACAUGGCUUCUUUUCGUGAUCCUUGCUCUCCGUGUGAACAACGUGGCCAGCGAUGGAAAGUGCAUCAAAGGCAAGUACCAUAAAGCCAGUCCUGGUCCGGAGCUCGGCAAGUUUGGGGAGUGCAAAGUGUACGAAAAGAACUCCUGUUGUACCCCAGAGUUCACUGUUGAACUUGCAGCAACACGCACAGAGAAAUUAUACAAUCACACAUGGGAUUUAUGCAAAAAUCUCAGUCGUGCAUGUGAGAGGUUCUGGAUUGAGCAGGAAUGUUUUUACCAGUGUGAUCCCUACAUCUACAAGUACCAGCACAUGUCAAGUGCAGGCGCAAUUCAUGGUGUCCCAAUCUGCUCUUCUUACUGUGACUCUUGGUUUGAUGCCUGCAAGAAUGAUCAAAUCUGUGUGGAGGAUGUUCUGACUGGUUACGAAUUCAACCAACAUGGCAUCAAUAGCUGCCCUGUCAACAGCACAUGUCAAACCUAUGCUAGCAUGUUCAAGAAUGGUGAAGGUCUCUGCAACAAGAUGUGGAACACUUCUUACACCUACAGCACAGACAAGAGUGUAUGCAUGGAGAUGACAUACAAAGACCCAACUGCCAGCACAACUACAAAUUCUGCCUCUGUGAUAUUCUUGUUUGGUGGAUUGACUUUUCUGUUAGCUAUGCUAUAGGACCACUUGGAGUUCAAUAUAGAGUGGCAAUUACUGAUGUAUGUUGGGGGGUCUAAUUACUGCAAUACCACACAAAAUUGAUAAAAACACUCUAAUACCUCAGGAAAAAAACCCGGAAAUAUUAGAUACCGCACAGAAGGGUGACACCCUUUUUUACCGCAAUAUCAGACACAAAAGGCCAAUCACGCAAACCAAAAGCCUUAUAGUUUUAGUGCCUUUUAAAGAAUAAAAAGAGUAAAAAAUGAAAACUAUUCCUUCACAUGCUCUUGAGGAAGAAAUCACAACUAAGCAAUUUUUAUGUGGCCUAAGUGUUUCAGUUUGGUUGUUUUGCAAGGUUUAUCGUAAAAUGCAUAGCAAAUAAUGGCUGUAGUGUACUAAAGUUGGGAAGGGAGGAGGGCAAGCCUAAGUUCUUUCCUGUAUUUGCUAGGAUGGGGCAGAAGCCUUUUUCUUUACUUUGUCUGCCAGCUGCAAGCCUGAUCUCUGCUAGACUUUUUUAGAUAUUAUGUUUGUAGACAGCAUUAUUGCACUAUUUGUUCCAAGUGACAUAUUUUCAUAAAAUUAAAUUUAAAAAUCAUUGUA